GUGGUAAAUAAUUGUUUUUAGUUUAUAAGACGCCAUUCCGUUCCGAGCGCCAACGCGUUGUGCUAGCUUUCUGUCCGUUCGGAAGUCGCGCCCAUAGAUUAGAUCGACAUUAGUGCGUUCCGCUCGGCGAUCGCAGAAUUAGUCGAAACCGAAUUAAACGCUAGCGUAUUUACAUAAUUAAGUAAAAAGUAGCGGCAACAACAUGACGAACAACGACGUGCGAAAGAGAAAACUGGCCACGGAUGAGAAACCGCCGCGGAGGAAAAACAGCGGUUCGCCAAAUGCCAGCAAUACUGGAAACCGCGGUCCCAGCGGGCUCAAAAUAUCCUUCCUGUGCCUGGUCGUCUCCGUCAUCCUGCUGCUCUUUGUGUUCGGUGUGUAUCAUUUGUAUUAUGUGAAGGAAGAAGUUGCCUCCAGACCCGUACUAACCAAACCCUCUGUUUUCCCCACCGUCACCGUUCGCUACUCUCAUGUGGAACCUCAUUUUGCGCCUCCUGUUGUGACUAAAAAACCGAUUACCAAACAACCAAACUCCGCCGAUGGCACUGCAGGCUUUGUCUCCGAAAAUGCCAGUCCCUACCUGGCCCGCCUGGCCUCGAAGUUCGGCUACAGUAAGGUCCAAUUUGCAGUCAUCAUCGAUGCUGGAUCCACGGGCAGCCGUGUAUUGGCCUACAAGUUCAAUCGCAGCUUCGUAGACAACAAAUUGGUUCUCUACGAGGAGCUGUUCAAGGAGCGCAAGCCGGGUUUGAGCUCCUUUGCCGAUAAUCCAGCGGAGGGAGCCCACUCCAUCAAACUGUUGCUGGAUGAAGCGCGCGCCUUUAUUCCCAAGGAGCACUGGUCAUCCACGCCGCUGGUUUUGAAAGCCACAGCAGGCUUGAGACUUCUGCCGGCCAGCAAAGCUGAAAACAUUCUAAACGCCGUCCGUGAUCUCUUCGCCAAGUCCGAGUUCAGCGUAGACAUGGACGCCGUGGAAAUUAUGGAUGGCACGGACGAGGGCAUCUUCAGUUGGUUCACCGUGAACUUCCUGCUGGGCCGUCUUUCGAAGACCAACCAGGCAGCUGCCUUGGACUUGGGCGGCGGCAGCACACAGGUCACCUUCUCGCCCACGGAUCCCGAGCAGGUGCCCGUGUAUGAUAAGUACAUGCACGAGGUGGUGACCUCCAGCAAGAAGAUCAAUGUGUUCACGCACAGCUAUCUGGGACUCGGCUUGAUGGCCGCCCGACAUGCCGUCUUCACGCACGGCUACAAGAAGGAGGAUUCGGUGCUGGAGAGCGUCUGUGUAAAUCCGAUCAUAGCCAACCGUACGUGGACGUACGGCAACGUGCAGUACAAGGUCAGCGGCAAGGAGAACGGCAAGUCCAGUGCCGAGCAGCCCAUUGUGGACUUUGACGUCUGUCUGGAUUUGGUCAAGAGCAAGGUGAUGCCGCUGGUCAAGCCAAAGCCUUUUACCCUUAAGCAGCAUGCGGUGGCUGCGUUUAGCUACUACUUCGAGCGUGCCAUCGAGUCGGGAUUGGUCGAUCCCCUGGCUGGAGGGGAGACCACAGUGGAGGCCUAUCGCAAGAAAGCCCAGGAGAUCUGCGCCAUUCCCAACGACGAGCAGCCCUUCAUGUGCUUCGACCUCACCUUUAUCUCGACGCUGCUGCGCGAAGGAUUUGGCCUUAACGAUGGCAAGAAGAUUAAGCUUUACAAGAAGAUAGAUGGCCACGAAAUAUCCUGGGCCCUGGGCUGUGCAUACAACGUUCUGACUAGCGAAGAAAAAUUCAAUAAUUCCUAAUGCUCCUCCAUUAGUCCGUAGUUGAUGAAUACAUUUUAAAAGGAUUGUUAGCUGAAAUUGUUUAUAGAGUGCCUUAGACGUGCAUCGAGUAUACUACAAUCACAAUUCACCACACACUCACGCCGACACCAACCCGAAAAAAACACUCGGACAUUGCCUAUAUACGUGGUCGAUUAAUAUUGUUUGUGCUCUGUAAAAUUCCUUUCAAUUGUCUCUAAUUGAAGCUAACCCACACGGUGACUACACUUAGCGUUUAGUUCGUAAUUCCAAUUCUGUGUGAUUCGCCAUUUUCGUAAAGCAAUUUUUUGCCAAUUUCUUAACUAUUUAGUGUUACACGGUUCUCCUCAUGUACAUAAAUUUACACAUCGAUUUGUAUUUACCUAAUAUGUAUAACGUCCUAGACUAUUAGCGCGAACAUUUCAAUUUGUUUUUCACAUAUGCAAAUGUUAGUUUAAUUAUUUUUGCAAAUAAAUCAAAUGUUAACGGA